ACCUCUGGAAACUGAAUUGAAGCGCAGGAAUAGUGAACCGUAUCCAGGUCACUUUGAUCAUGAAAACAGUACCCCGAAAAUUGUGGAGGGAGGAAGAGGUUGAAGCUUUGCUAAGUGUUUGGUCAGAAAAUGACAUUAAGAAACAACUGCACGGAGCCCUACAAAACAAAGAGAUAUUUAUGCAUAUAGCGGAAAGAGUGAAGCGUUUAGGAGUAUCCCGAGACUGGAAGCAAUGCCGCGCAAAGUACAAGAACCUGAAAUAUAAAUAUAGGACAGUAAAACGUGGUAGGAACGCCAGCAGCAAACUGAAAUUCUAUAAGGUACUGGACGGAAUACUGGGAGCUGAGACAGAUGCUGAUUUAUUAAACGACGAGGACAGCCUACCUGAGGAAACAGAAGCACGUCUGGAUGAAAUGAUUGGUUCGCCUGAGACGGAAGCUAUACAGCUCGAAGACCAAAAUAAAAAAGAAGCUGAAGAUGAACAUAUGAUGAUUCCAGCAGAGGACAAUGAAGGAAAUAACCGCUGGUCCUCCAGAGAAAUCCAGGCACUAAUGCAUGUAUGGUCCAAAGAGAGCAUUCGCUGUCAACUGAAAGACGCUAGAAGAAACCAAGGCAUAUUUGAGCAUAUAGGGAAGCUUCUCCAACAAGUAGGGGUACACAAGAGCUGGCAGCAGUGUAGGAUAAAGUACAAAAACCUAAAACGUCAGUAUUUUGUUGUGAAGAAAGCACAGGAGUCUGGAAAUGAAAGCAAAACCAUGAAAUAUUUUGCUGAACUGGAUGCUAUAAUAUCCGGCAAACCUUCAGCAAACCAAAGAAAGAGUUCAAACAACACAGAUAAACAAGCAUCUGUCUCAUGGGCCAGUUGUGAUGAAGAUGAAGAGGAUGGUGGAAAUGAUGUCCCUGAGACGAGCUGGGUCCAGGUUGCGAUGAAUGAAACAGGUGAAUCUGCUAUACAGCUCGAAGACCCAAAUAAAAAAGAAGCUGAAAAUGGACAUAUGAUGAUUCCAGCAGAGGACAAUGAAGCAAUAAAACACUGGACCUCCAGAGAAAUCCAGGCACUAAUAAAUGUAUGGUCAGACGAGAGCAUUCGCUGUCAACUGAAAGACACUAGAAGAAACCAAGACAUAUUUGAGCAUAUAGCGAAGCUUCUCCAACAAGUAGGGAUACACAAGAACUGGAAGCAGUGUAGGAUAAAGUACAAAAAACUAAAACAUCAGUAUUUUGUUGUAAAGAAAGCACAGGAGUCUGGAAAUAAAAGCGAAACCAUGAAAUAUUUUACUGAACUGGAUGCUAUAAUGUCCGGCAAACCUUCAGCAAACCAAACAAAGAGUUCAAACAUCACAGAUAAACAAGCAUCUGUCUCAUGGGCCAGUUGUGAUGAAGCUAUACAGCUCGAAGACCCAAAUAAAAAAGAAGCUGAAGAUGGACAUAUGAUGAUUCCAGCAGAGGACAAUGAAGCAAUAAAACACUGGACCUCCAGAGAAAUCCAGGCACUAUUAAAUGUAUGGUCAGAUGAGAGCAUUCGCUGUCAACUGAAAGGCACUAGAAGAAACCAAGGCAUAUUUGAGCAUAUAGCGAAGCUUCUCCAACAAGUAGGGGUACACAAGAGCUGGAAGCAAUGUAGAAUAAAGUACAAAAACCUAAAACAAAAGUAUUUUGUUGUAAAGAAAGCACAGGAGUCAGGAAAUAAAAGCAAAACCAUGAAAUAUUUUGCUGAACUGGAUGCGAUAAUGUCCGGCAAACCUUCAGCAAACCAAAGAAAGAGUUCAAACAACACAGAUAAACAAGGAUCUGUCUCAUGGGCCAGUUGUGAUGAAGAUGAAGAGGAUGGUGGAAAUGUCUCUGAGACUAGCGGGGCCCAGUUUUCAAGGAAUGAAACAGGUGAAUCUGAUGAAGAGGAUGGUGGAAAUGAUGUCCCUGAGACAAGCUGGGUCCAGGUUGCGAUGAAUGAAUCUGCUAUACAGCUCGAAGGCCCAAAUAAAAAAGAAGCUGAAAAUGGACAUAUGAUGAUUCCAGCAGAGGACACUGAAGCAAGAAAACACUGGACCUCCAGAGAAAUCCAGGCACUUAUAAAAGUUUGGUCCAACGAGAGCAUUCGCUGUCAACUGAAAGACACUAGAAGAAACCAAGGCAUAUUUGAGCAUAUAGCGGAGCUUCUCCAACAAGUAGGGAUACACAAGGACUGGCGGCAGUGUAGGUCAAAGUACAAAAACCUAAAACAUAAGUAUUAUACUGCGAAGAAAGCACAGGAGUCAGGAAAUGAAAGGGAAACCAUGAAAUAUUUUACCGAACUGGAUGCUAUAAUGUCCGGCAAACCUUCAGCAAACCAAACGAAGAGUUCAAACAACACAGAUGAACAAGCAUCUGUCUCAUGGGCCAGUUGUGAUGCAGAAAAUUCUUCAACAGAUGGAGAGGAUUGUGUAAAUGAUGUCCCUGAGACGAGCUGGAUUCAGUUUGCGAUGAAUAAAACAGGUUUAACUGAGACAGAAAACAUUGUGCAAAAUAAUGGAGACCAAGUUCAUGUUGUAGGAAUGAAGCGGAAGGCCACGCCAAGUGAACCUCUAAUCCCAUCUAAAAUAAACAUUACAGACGAAAAUGGAAGUAAUACUGCAGAAGGAGCACCUUCGCACCUUAUUAUAAGCGUUGUGAGUCUGCAAGAUGUAUGCGGGAGUCAACAGCUUGGCUUUCCAACUGUCAGUUCCCAGGUAGACUAUUUCAUAGCCGAGAUGGAGUCCUUAACAGAACUGAAGCUUGGCAAGAAGCUAAACGAAGGCAAAACUAAAGAGGUUUACGAGUUGCUGGAUCAUCCAGGCUGUGUACUGAUGCAGUCCAAGGACCAGAUAACGGCCGGCAACGCAGCCAGGAAGGACCAUAUGGAGGGAAAGGCAUCCAUCUCCAACAAGACAACCAGCUGUGUUUUUAAGCUGCUGCAGGAAUCUGGCAUCAAGACUGCCUUUGUCAGGAAGUGCAGUGACACUGGCUUCAUUGCUACCCAUUGUGAGAUGAUUCCAAUUGAAUGGGUCUGCAGGAGAAUCGCCACUGGGUCUUUCCUAAAGAGAAAUCCUGGGGUCAAGGAAGGCUACAAGUUUUCGCCUCCCAAACUUGAGAUGUUCUUUAAGGAUGAUGCCAAUAAUGAUCCACAAUGGUCAGAGGAGCAGUUAAUAGCAGCAAAGCUCAAUUGUGCAGGUCUUGUGAUCGGUCAAACAGAGGUGGACAUCAUGAAACAUUCUACAGUUGCAAUCUUUGAAAUUCUGGAGAAAUCUUGGCUUACUCAGGACUGCACACUUGUAGAUAUGAAGAUUGAGUUUGGUGUUGAUGUGACCAAAAAGGAAAUAGUCCUGGCUGAUGUUAUCGACAAUGAUUCCUGGCGUCUGUGGCCUUCUGGAGACAAGACGCAACAAAAGGAUAAACAAAUUUAUCGUGACCUUAAGGAGAUAACCCCCGAGGCCAUGCAGGUGGUGAAAAGGAGUUUUGAAUGGGUUGCAAACAAAGUGGAACUCCUGCUUACUUCUGAGAGCAGGGCCAGGGUUGUUGUGCUGAUGGGAUCCAUUUCUGACCUUGCUCACUGUGAAAAAAUAAAGAAGUCUUGUGUAAACUACGGCAUUCCGUGUGAGCUGAGGGUGACGUCUGCACACAAAGGCCCUGAUGAGACUCUACGCAUUAAAUCAGAAUACGAAGGAGAUGGUAUUCCCACUGUCUUCGUGGCUGUGGCUGGUAGAAGCAACGGAUUGGGGCCUGUCCUUUCUGGAAACACUGCCUAUCCUGUUGUUAAUUGCCCCCCUGUGACUGCUGAUUGGGGAGCCCAGGAUAUCUGGUCUUCCAUGCGGAUGCCUAGCGGUCUCGGAUGCUCCACUGUCUUGUCUCCUGAAGCAGCUGCUCAGUUUGCUGCUCAGAUUUUUGGAUUAAACAAUCAUUUGGUCUGGUCUAAGUUGCGCUCGUCUACUCUGAACACAUGGAUCUCUCUGAAACAGGCUGAUGCAAAACUGAGAGAAUGCAGCAUAUAAACUCUAAUUACUGCAGAUGAUUACAAGUACCAGUUUCAUGUUCAAUAAAAACAUAUUUUCUUUCAAAA